AUGUCUGACGACGAAGAUGAGGGGGCAACCCAGAACGCAAACAAGGUUGUUCUUCCAGAAUUUCAUGAGCGGCACAACGAGCUUCGCCCAGACCUCUUUGAGAAGAUCCUGGUUCUUGCCGGUGAAGCAGUGCAGAAACACAAGCUGCAGAAGGAUAUAGCUCAGCACAUCAAGCAGGCUUUGGAUACCGACGUCGAUUUCAAUGAACUAAUCGGCAAGGGGCCUUGGCAGGUCAUAGUGGGCCGCUCCUUCGCAUCUUCUGUCACCCAUGAGGCUAUGCACAUCGCAUUCUUCGAUUUGCCCAAACACCAGGAGACUUUCCUCAUCUACAAGUCCUUGGGUGCAGCUGCUGUGGCCUCAGUCGCCUCAGCACGACGCUCGAAGAGAACUGCGGCCUUGCGCAACCGCAACCAGCGCGUAGCAGCUGUGGCAAUGCACGGAACCCCGGUGUGUGCCGGCGUGGUCAUCACUGGCGGAGCUGCUGGCGUGGGCUACGCGUAUGCGGAUGAGCUCUUGGCUCGUGGGCAUCAGGUGGUCAUCUGCGACGUGAAGGACUGUUCAUCGGCUGUCGAAUCUCUCAAGGCGAAGCAUGGCGAGAAAGCCAGCAUAUACGCCACAACUUGCGACGUGUCCAGUAUCGACAGCAUCAACAAUCUCAUCGAGUUCGUGAAGAAAAGCAUUGGAGUUGUGCACUACUGGCAAAUCGCCCGCAUAUCCGAGGCAUUUAUCAGCCCCGAGAUGGUGGACACUGUGGUCCGUGCUGGCCUCGGAGUGUCAGCCGUCACAGAUUGCAGUCUGAGUUUGCAGCGAGCCACGCUGCAAACCGAGGGGUGCGGCAUUGUCCUUUGCACACAUGCUGCCAUGAGAAUGAUGGAGCAACAGAAAGGUGUCGAGAGCCACAUCUUCAACACCGUCGGCAGUGGCGUCAAAGGUGGCGGCACACCGGGAUAUGUGACCUAUGGUGCUACGAAGCGUGGCCUUCCCCAAAUGACGGAAUCCCUGGUGAAGGAGAUCGAGGAAGGCGUGCAAGGGUAUGAGAAGGUGGAGACGCCUGGAAAGGUUAACUGCCACUGCCUGUCGCCUGGAAUGGUCUUCACCGACCUGCUACUCAACGACUCGACGCCUGAGUUGCGGAAGUUCCCCUUCGGGGUCCUGGCAGCGCAGCCCGAGGAGGUGGCCAGGGAUUUGGUGCCCAAAAUUCUCAGUGUCAGCGGCAACGGCAAGUCUGUUGAGUUCCUCACGGUCGACAAGAUCUUGACGAAGUUCUUUGGACGCUUCAUCCUGGGAGAAAAAUCGAAGUACAUCGACGAUGAUGGCAACGUCAUCCAAAUGCCUGGUGCGCAGUAUCAGGACAAUGGCGUUCGAGUUCUCUACGACGGUAUGAAGUGA